AUGUCAAAUCGAGGUUACUACAAUGCAUAUGGUACUGAAUGUACUAGUGGUGAAUAUGUAAAGAUGCCUCAAGUUCAUACUAAUGAAACUCCUAGUGAGUGGAUGAAACGGAUUUGGCUUCGCUUACAAUAUUUUAGGGAGAAUGAUCUAUUACCUAUUGAAAGUAAAAAAUACCUUGAAGCUAGGAGAUUAAUACGAUUGCCGAAUAGUGGUUCAUAUGCUCCUGAAAUCGGAAUAGCAAUAUGUUUCUCUUGUGAUCAGUUAGUAUAUACUGGACAAAGAAAGAAGAAUAUAGGAAAUUAUAACCACAUAGGAAUGGAAAGGCAUUGGGCUUCUCAUUGUACAGGAAAUUCUUAUUGUGAAGUAAGUUAUGAUGAGUACUUACUAAAAAUCGAGAAAAAAUCUAUUUCAGGGUAUAAUUACGAUAAUGAGUAUGCAUUACACCGUUAUAAAUUAUGGGAAUCUAAUGCUACCAAAAAGGCUGAACGUGCCAGAAAAAUUGGUAAGAAAAUUCAAGCUUGUAUAACUAUACAAAGAAAAUGGAUUGAAUUUAUGUACCGACCAGAUGGUAUGACGGCCAAGCAAUUAGCUGAGCAUUACCAAUUAUUAUGGGCAGUUAGAGAAGAAAUGCGUCAAAUUAAUAAUGCACAACUUAUCUAA